AUGGCAUCGUCAGUCGUUGCUUGCUUGAGCUUUAGAAAAUAUCAAAAUACUGCUGAUAACAAAAUUACUAAAAGUGUCCAUAUUCUUAGAAGAACCGUUUACUUUUUUGUUAAUAACAAAAAUGGAAAGUUUGUUGACCACCAGUUAGUUUACAAGUUGAAUAUUAAUUAUAUUUUUUUCAUACAAGAGUUCAAUUACACUAUAUAUUUAUCAAGUCAUAGAUUCAGAAAAAAAGUAUAAUACAUGUGAUAUUUCUGUUUGUGUGUGUAUAUAUGUGUGUAUAUGUAAUGCCUCAUUAUUCACUGUUGAUGUUUUUGACUUUUUUGACAAAGUAGUUUCAAGUAUGGUAUUUAAUAAUGAAAAAACAAAAAUUCUAAUUUCUCUAUAGCUUUUUAUUUUAAAAGAUAUAGUAAAGUUUUGUUGUCAUGAAUAAAAUUUCGAGUUUCUAUAAAGUAAAUAACGUUCUCACCUACCUCUAAAGAUACCUGGUUGAAUCGAUUAUCUUUUCUCUUUUGCUUGACUGUAUGAUAAUAUAGCAUCGCAAACAACAUCCAUGAACUUUCCAAAUAACUGGCAAGAUUUUAAUGGACCAGUAAAGGAUUAAAUGUAUGAAAAACAACUUUAGUUUUUCUUAUCUAUAUGCUUGUAAUAUCGGAGUAACAAUUGUGUAUCAAGAGGCACAGUAGUAAAAAAAAAUACAAGAUUUUGAAAAUCAUUAUAAUCUGUAAAAAUACUACUUUUGAAAGUUCUGAAAAAAGCAAGCCAAAUGUGUCAGUUACAAUGCAUUCGGGAAUGGUAUUGAAAAAGCACCUAUUUGCAGUCAUCUUAUAUGUUGAACUUUCACUCAUAAAAAUUUAAGUUGGUGUAAAAAAUCUUAAGAAAAUGAACGGGAUACACCUUAGAGAAAAUACGAAAAAAGUAGGACAACUCAACAGGUUGGAUUAAAUUCGUAAAUAUUAAAUGAAUACAAGCAGCAAUAUCGUGAUGGGGUGUGAACUUACUAAACUUGCAACAUCAAAUACGAAUGGAAAAGAUAGUCCGCCGCCUCCAGCUGCUACAGAUCCACGACUGCCUCUCACUGCACGUCAAAAGUUCACCAUCGUUGCCAGUUGGAAAGCAGUGGCAAGAGCGAUGGAACCAACUGGUGUUUACAUGUUUAUAAAGCUAUUCGAGGACAAUGAAGAGCUAUUGGGUUUAUUCACAAAAUUUGGUGAUAUUAAGACAAAACAACUGCAGGUAGAGAGUAUGGAACUCACUGAACAUGCGACAAAAGUUAUGGAAACUCUGGACGAGGGAAUCAAAACUCUUGAUGAUAUGGAUGCAUUUCUACCUUAUCUUCAUCAAGUUGGUGCUUCACAUUUGAAAAUUCCUGGUUUCAAAAAGCAAUACUUUUGGAAAAUUGAAACACCAUUCUUGGAAGCAGUGAGGCGUACGCUGGACGAUCGUUAUACAGAUAAUGUUGAAAGUAUUUAUAAACUGACGAUAAAGUUUAUUAUUGAGACAUUAAUUGAUGGCUAUGACAAGGCACAGAGUAGCAAUAGUAAAUCCUAGUCGCAAGAAAACAACAGCUCAUAUAAUUUUAAUGAAAAAUGAUGCUUUCAGAAAUUGUUUUACCAUUAAUAAUUUGAAUAUUUAAGCCAGAAAUGUUUUGAAUUGACUUUUUCGGUGAAAUACAUUAAAUGUUUUUCUCCGUUUUUUUUACUUGAAAAACAAGUGAAAAAAGAUCAUAGUCAAUACUGAUAAUGUAUGAAAGUGAAGUGUCUCCUGUUUAAUAAUUCCACUUUCGGAGAUAUAAUCCAUGAAGGUUCUGCCCUCGAAACUAUAAUCAAGAUAUAAAAAAUAUAUGUUUAGAAAACGAACCCAAAAUGUCCGAUGUGUGUCAAUAUAGAGCGACUAUUAUACGAACUUACAUCUUUUUGACAUCCUUUUCUUUCCACCUCUUCAAUGAAUAAAAAGAAAACACUACUGGCAUGAGUAAAAAAAAAGUUUAUGGAAAGAAAAACCAUACGACAGAUAAUUUACAUAGAUGUAAUGUGAGUGUUACGCUCGGCGAUAAUCGAUAAAGAUGCAAAAUAAUACUACACAGACCACGAUGUUAACUAAAAUAGCAACAAAAUGACAAAUGGAAGAUAUUUCUAAUACUUUGCUUCCAAAAGUUGCUUUAUCAGAAUUCCACUUAAACAACAUGUUCAGUUACUUUGAAAUCUAACAGCGUGGAAGCUGGCUAUUGGUGCCAAUACGUCUGGAAGAAAAUGCUGUAUAUGAUGGAAACACUUCAUAAAAAUAUAUUUCUAUUAAUAUUUAUGCAUAGAUUUGCAUACGCAUAAAAGCCAUUCCUGUCAUGUUAAAUAUAAUGUAUGUUCACACACAUAUCUAAUGACUUGCAACACGAAAUGUAUUUGAAAAAAAUUACAAAUUAAACUGGUUUUUUUUUUUAUCAAAAAUAAAUAAAUUGAACUUCUUGUGUGUUGAAUACAGAAAACACUAUUUUUUUUUCCGACUUAUUUAACCACCCACAAGACGAUAGGAUAUAUAUUGUCUGUAUUAUUGACUCAUAAAUAAGGGAUGUGCGAUUGUCGAAAAUUUCCGAUAAUAAUGUAUCAUAACAAAAAAAGUAACAGUUUUUUUACAAAAAGGAGCGUCAAGUAUUC